UAGGUGCGGAGGUGGUGGCAGUGAAAGAAGUCAAGGCUGAAGAUUAUAAAAGGGGGUUGAUGACGAGCUACACGCAUCAGUAUAAUUAUUUCAUUCAAACAGCAGGGUUCUGUCUGCGGUUUCAACAAUGAGAAAGAUGGAGUUGCCGUUAAAGAAUGUCGUACAGAUAUUUGUACUCAUUGCGGUUAUGACUAGAGUAGAUUCAACUAGAACACCAGGAAUAAGGGGAAUAUCCAAAAUACACGAGAUUCCACAAUACCGUUUUCACUACUAUGUACAAGAUGAUAAAACUGUAGGGGACUACAAACCACCACAAGAAGAAAACAAGAAUGGAGAAAAAGUUGGUCCAUUUAAUAAUAUAGCCGAUUCCAAUGGAGAUAUGCGAAUUGUUAAUUACCGUGUUGAUAAAUCUAAUGGGUUACAAACUGAUAUUAGUACCGAUGUUGGUGCUUCACCAUUAAAAAUAUCUUUAAAUAAUCCUGUAUAUAAUACACAAGCUGAUGUUUCAAAGGAAUUAACUGUGUCUUCAGAAGCAUCACCAAUAGUUGUAGAACCCAUAAAUAUACAAGAACAAAAAUCGUCAAAACCAAUCGAAAUGGAUUCCAAAGACGAAUAUAAUUUAACAGAUAGCACUGAUAAAGCUACUACGCUAAUUGAACUUAUGAACACAAACCAAACAGAAGACCGUAAAGAUGAUAUAAAAGAUGAACAAGUAACGGAUCAAGUAUUAAUUCAAGACGAAGGAAUUACAAUUAAACAAACAGAAUUUACAAUUCCUUUUAAAAAACCAAAUCCAGUAAGUACAGAUGAUUUCAAAUACAAUGACGAUGAAGCUAUAAAAAAAGAUAUUGUUAAAAUGAUACAAAAUAUUAAUGGAGAUCAUGAGCAAUCUGAUCUUCAGUUAAAUUCUAAGAGUACAUUAUCUGAUAAACCAUUAAAAGUAGUUGAAACAGAUUCUAUUGAAAUGGAACAACAGGAAAGUUAUCAACCAAGUCAUGGACAUUCAAAAUUCAAAAGCCAACAAUUAUCAAACAAGCCAUUGAGGUUAGUUGGAUAUAAUCCAUCAAUUUUUGGAUUAUUAUAUGAUACACAAGUUAAUUAUAAUCGCCCGUCACAAAUUCAACAACCACCAAAUAACCAAGGUUAUUUAGCGGGAUUCGGAACACAUGGAGAUAUUAAACAACAUACAUAUGAUAAUUCAGGAGUUUAUUAUUCUCAACCAAGUUCAACCUCUCCUCAACCAGGAAAUUACAAAGGAAAUAAGAAGUCUAAUCUUCCAAUACAAACACAACCACUUUAUUACUACGAUCCAAAUUCAAUGGUUAUGUUACCAGUAUACACCAAUAUGAUCCAAAAUGAUUAUUCAAUAACAGAAACUAAGCCUCAACCAACUCAACCACAAGCAGAUUCUGGUAAAAGUGGUUUUAAUUUAAUGCAAAUAUUAAGUGGAGGAAGUUUUUACAAGGGUUCAGAACAAGCAGAAAGUUCCCAACAAAUGGCAGUAAAAGACUCAAUAAAAUCAGAAUAUAAUAAAUUUGAAAAAUCAAAACCAGUAGAAAAACAUGACAAAUCCAAACCAUUAGAAACACGUGACAAACCUAAACCAUUAGAAACUCAAGACAAAUUAAAACCACCACAAACAUUGAUGUUUUAUUUGAAUCCAGGCGAACCACCAAUAGAUUUAAAAUCACUCACAUCAAGCCCUAACAUGCACUUAACAUUUGACCAACAACCACAAUCUGACUGUAAUGGAAAAACACUUAAGACCACCCCAACAGUUAAAUCAAACAAGCCACUUCAACCUAUACCACUUUGUUCAGAUUGUGUGCCAGCUUUAGGGAUUAUGGGUUUACCAAGUACAAAAUCAGCUGUUGUUCAACAAAAGAAAUCUAUCGCUACACCCCAGGUGAUGCCAAUUUGGAAUGGACAAACUGUUUCAAAAUUGAAUUACUUAAUUCUGCCCACUCCAAUAAAUAAAUAGUAAUCAAAACUAGUAAAGUAAUAGGUAAUUAAUUAAUUACCAAAGUAAUAAUAUAUAAUGUAAAAAAUGACUGGUUAACACUUUAAAAUUAUAAUUUUAUAACAUACCUAAGUUUAAUUUAAUAAAUAAAUAAUAAUAUUUAAA